UGAAAAAAAUGUAAAAAAACAGAUUAUUUCACAUUCUUCUACUUUGAUGUUGUUCGAUAUUUCGAUGAUUCUGAUAGUGCAUCACGAUUGGUUGGCCAUCCAAAGGUGUGAUUUACACUUACCACGAUUCAUAGGGUUUACGCACGUCGUGUUAUACCCCACGAUUCGUCGCGUAUUCGGUGUCGCACCCCGGAAAGCGCGCAUGCGCGAUUCGUGGCGCUUUCAAUUCACCAAACGACAUUCGUCAGUUGCGCUCCGACACCGACGACGUAAAGGUCGUUUCUCCCGCUUUUCGAUCCCUUCCCUUCGCCGGCGCGACGAGUAACCAUGUGACCUUCGCUCUCAUCGAUAUUUCGUUCGAGUAUGGAUGAUCCGUGACGCGCGAUCGAACAGGUAUCCUUCGAUUCGUUUCGUAAACUCGACAAUGUAAAGAUGGAAUUCGGUUCGAGUAAAGUUUGAUCGAGUUUCGAAUUGUGCAGCCGAGGAUCGGCCACGUGGAAAUGUAACCGUCGAAUGACCGAGAAUUUUGUGUACGGUAAAAAGGAUGCGAGUGACGUUUGCCGUUGUGGAUGCGGACCACAGGACUUUUUUGAGGUUAUGGUCACGUGAGUAGAAAAGCGGUAAAAGUGGUACACGGUUUUUCGCGCGUGAUCACGGUCGGUACGUGAUGUUAUUAUGUGAAACAAUGCGGUGGGGUGAUGGAUCGUGUGAUUUAUUGCGAUGCAAGUUGUUCGUUCUUCUGGUUCUGGUCGGUUGCAGCGAUGGAUACUUGAAUAUCUUUAUCAGCCAGUCCCAGGUUAUGAAACUGUUGGGUCUAAAAGCCGAGCUAUACUACGUGAGGGAAGGAGUGGUUAACACGUACGCAAUGAACUUCGUCGUUCCUGUGCCCGCCAACAUCGCCGAUCUCGAGUUCUCCUGGCAGAGCCUCGCCGGACACCCGUUGCCGUACUCGAUGGAGUUGGAUUACGACGUGGUAGGUGUUCCAGGGGGUGUCGGCCCCGGGAUGAUGGCGCUACUGCCGCCCAGGGUGAACGUCUCCGCCAGGGGAGAGGUGCCCGUCACACUGCAGGUGUUCAGGAUCAGGCUGCCGUGCUCGGGCCUGGCGAGCGCCGAGAUCCCGUUGGCGUUGAGGCUGAACGUCACCGCCCCGCCCGCCACCAAAUACAACGACACCGUCCUCGUGUUCAAGAGGAACAAGAUUUGCUUCAAAGGAGUGCAAGCACCUCCGAGGAACGAUUCGGUACGUUUGGAGCCAGGACCUCUAAGCGGCGCUGGAGCGCUAUACGUCGCUGCGACAUGUGCGUGCGCCUUGAUACUAGUGGUGGGGAGCGUGGCAAGCGCACUCUACAUUCGCAACAGCAAGGCUCGAAUACAAGAAUCGCAGAAAACGCUGCCCUGCUGCAGCUAUUCGGCGGCGGAAACCGGCGGCCUGGCGAGAAGUUCCGUCCUGGUCAGGGUCGACCCACGGCCCGGAAGCGCCAAUUCAGGGAGCUACGCGACCAUCGCCGACCUGGAGCCGCUGUACGCGAGACCGUGCGGCUCCAGGGCGAGUUACUACGCCUCCAGUCACGUCACGCAUCUCAGCCAGUCGACCGAUCCUUGCGAGAAGGCGAGGGCACUCGCCGUGUCGAGGUCCGCCCUCUAUUGUCGCAAUCUCGUGCAGGAGGGCACCUUCGGUCGGGUCUACAAAGGCACGUUGGAAUUGGCCGGCAGGGAGCAAGAAGUCAUCAUAAAGACGGUCACAGAAGUGGCAUCGGCUUAUCAAGCCUCUUUGCUGGUGGUGGAGGGGUCGCAAUUGGCAGGGCUGGUGCACGCGAAUAUAGCUUCGCUCGCUGCCGCCUGCCUGGACAGUUCUUGCCCUUUAUUGGCGUACACGAGCACGCCGGGCGAGUUGAAUCUGAAACUCUAUCUUACCGACGGAAACCACCAUCCCGGGACAAGGGAUUUGGUGCACGUUGGUGCACAGGUUGCCAGAGCAGGGGCAUUCUUGCACGGUCGUGGCCUCCUGCACAGGGAUAUCGCUGCCAGAAAUUGUCUGAUCGAGCCAAGCAGUCUUCGUGUCCGAUUAGCCGAUACGGCUUUGGCGCGAGAUCUCUUCCCUCAGGACUACCAUUGUCUCGGUGAUAACGAGAACAGACCCAUUCGUUGGAUGGCCUUGGAGACCCUCCAGCACAAUCAGUUCAGCACUGCGACAGAUGUGUGGUCGUUCGGUGUGUUCCUGUGGGAAUUGGCGACGAUGGGCCAGCAGCCGUACGUCGAGGUGGACCCGUUCGAAAUGAUGGCCUGCCUUCGAGACGGUUACCGACUGGCACAGCCGAGGCCCUGCCCCGACGAAUUCUUCGCCGUGAUGGCCGUCUGCUGGCUAGGCUUGUCCAGGGACCGGCCGACCAUGCCCCAACUUCUCGCCUAUCUUCAAGACUUUCACGACGCCCUCGGCGGAUUCGUUUAGAAUCAUUGUUGUUCCUUCGAAACAACAAGCUUCGAGAUCUUUCUCAAGGAAGGAAGGAAGGAAGGAAGGAAGGAAGGAAAGAAAGAAAGAAAGAAAGAAAAGUGUGAGAGGGAAUCGAUAAAGAGGAGAGUACACGAUGGGUUUGAAAAAAAAAAAGAGAAAAAUGGAAUUGAAAAUGCUCACUGCCCAGCGACGGUUAACUAACUAACCUUGUUGUGUCGUUUUGUUCUCGAAAUUUCCUUUUGUCCCCUUUCUUUUCGAAAAACGCGCGCGCGCGAUUCCACGGAUCGAAAAUGAUUCGCUGGUGGACAACGUGUGUAGAUAGAUAGAUAGAUAGAUAGAUAGGUAGAUAGAUAGGAGAAUCCCCUCAGAUGAUGAAAACAUCGACGCGCGUGCACACAUCCGUCCAUAGCAGUUAAAAGAAAAAAAGAAAAAAAAGGAAACUUGAAGCGCACGAUUAUUUUUUUUUUUUUCGUUUUGUGUUUCUUCUCUUUUGCGCGACGCGUGCGGAUGAAAACGCGGUAGAACGCACCUGUGAGCCUGCAACCGGUGCCGCGCGCCACGGUCUUUCGCAGCCACGUGAAAUGUUGCCUAGCGUUGCAUGCGUGUGUCCUUUAUUCUCUCGAAACUUCGCUUCUCUCUCUCUCUCUCUCUCUCUUCUCUUUCUCUUUUCUAAAUACGCAACAUCGUUCUUCCGUCUCUUCGUAUGGCAUGGUUUGAAAAAAGAGAUCAGUUUUUUCGACGCGACUACUUGGCUUUUUGUCGAGUAUGAUUCGAGCGCAACAAUCAAAAAGAAAUUUUGUCCAAUCAAAAGAAAAAGAGAAGUUAGACCCGAUCGAAAAAGUUUCGAAACGAAGGGGAAGAAGGUAAGAAAACUGUCGACGACUAUUUUUUUAAAACUCUUUAUGCUCGCGUCAAUAUUUUCGCGACUGUACAUUUAAAAUUAGUCGUUAAUUCUAAUGCGAGAAGAAGAAGAAGAAAAAGAAGAAAAGGAAACAAAGUUUUUCAAGUUUUUUCUCGAGCAUCUGUGUUUUGCAAAAGUACAUUCGGGAUAUCGAUCGAUGGUGUAACGGAUCACGGUAUUAUGUUACGUAAGAAUAUACUUUUUAUAUAUAUAUAUAUACACACGGAGAAUAAGAAAAAACUCUCGAGCAGAGCGUUAGAGCAUUAGGCGAGCUCGCCGAGUGAAAUUAUCUAUGCGGUUAUCUACAGUGCGCGUGUAUAUACACCGGUGUGCGUGUAUAGGUGGCGUUUUAACCUG